AAAGUCGUUAAGCUUCUUUUGGCGAAACGCGAGUUCUCUAUUCGUCCUGCUGAUCCCGCCAAAAAAUCAGCAGGCAUACAAUUAAAUCGCAUUCUCGUCCAUGUUCAAGAAACGUUUCGGUACCGUGUUUUCAUCAUGAACAUCAAAUCAAAGAACGAGAUUCGAGAUAUUAUCGUAAAAGAUGUAGUGAACAUCUACAAUCGCCGUGUAGAAUUGUCGAAGCGGCUCGAAGAAAGCUUCGACAGUAGUCUUACCUAUUUUCGGGAACUGUCCGCCCAGCUGUCACAAUCGUCAUCCGGGCCGUUCAUCCCCAAGACGCCGAAGCUACUGCGAAAAAAAGCAGUCCAACGUAUUGAGACUAUACCGGAGAAUGAGAUCUUCGAGACUACUUCGCAAAGAAGUAGCAGGAAUAGCUUUCAAUCAGCCAAUGGAGAGGAACAAGAUCAGAACCAGACAGCAGGCGGUAGAGCAAAAAGACGAGCGUCUAAAAAAGCAGCAGAAAAAAUCUAUAAACAAUCCUUGGUUCAAAAUACAUCGCUAUAUAGACAGCCGAACAGUGAAAAUAACAAUUCCUCUGUAAAAGGAAAGAGAGAAACUCGGGUUAAGAGGAAGAAGUCAUCAUCUGGUUCUGAUGAUGAUGAAAAUAACAGAAGUGCCAAGUAUAGCAAAAUAGAAAAUACAGAAACAAAAGAAUCUACAAGGAGAAAAACCAAGAAAAAAUCUGAACAAGUUUCUAGGGUUGUUGAAAAGACUAAAGAUGCUGAAAAUGAAGAAGAUAUUAUUGCUGAAAAGAAAAAGGACUCUUUUGCAUUGCCACAACGUAUUCUCAGAUCACAUUCUAAAACUCCUCAGGAUGAAGAAAUGAAUAAAAUUAACGACGAGAUUGUUGCGCCAACUUCGGAUACAUUUGAAACAUCUGUGUAUGAGGAUGCCAUUGGAAAACCUAUUCCAAUUAUGAAUUCAACUCUAAAACUUAGUCUUAGCAAGUGUGACAAAGUGAUGAACGCCACAGUGGUGCUGGAGCGUAUUUCGCACGAGAAAGAGAGAAGAUUAAACGAGACGGUUGUACUUAAGAACCGGUCAAACAAAAGAAACAGCACAAAUUCGAAAGAAAAGAGAACCUCUACGAAAUAUGUCGAUAAUUAUAAUGGACUGAUAACAGACGAUGAAUCAUCGCCCGAGAUGAAGAAAAAGAAGCAGGAAUAUAAGAAAAAAAUAAAAUGUGCCACAUCAAUGUCUAGUGAGGACGAAAUCCCUAAUACACCAAUACAAACGAAGAUUGCGGCCGUAAAUGCAAAAGGAAGUAAAACUGGAUACAAAUUGAAUGCAUUAUUUAGUCCUUACGCGGAAGAAUCUGUAAAGAAGCGAGUUAAAGCGUUUGAGCAAGCGGUAAUGAAUAGUCCUACGAAUCCGGUUGCUGUUGAUGCUCCAACCAGAAUAACAAGAACAAAAACUCGUGCAAUGAUCGCUGCCGCCACUGAGACAGAAGUGAAGAACACAGAAAAGAAUGUCGCACAAAUACUAGCUCGUAAAUCGAUUGCAAAAGCCAAAAGGAUUUCAUUAGCAAAACAAAAGAAAGAUAAUGAAGAAUCGAAAGAAAAUAAAGAAAUGCCCGUACGACUCAACAAGUUACUUUUGAAUGAUAAAAUAGGUGUUAAGCAAACACAGCAGCAGCAAAAAACACCUUUACCCAAAACGAAGUUGCCUAUGCCAUCUUCUGUAAAUCGCAUUCACACUCCUAUGAACACCCAAAAUUUAAAUUAUCCGAAACCUUUGACGGCCUCGCGCGCGAAUAUUAUUACAAGCGUGGAAUCUUUUAUUCAACCGAAAAGCGUGAGUAAAACGAAUUCUGUGGAACAAUUGGACGAAGAGAAGAAGAAACGAAGUGAAGAUGAUGCGAGAAAGAAGAGAGACGAAGCUCUGAGACAAAUGGCGGAAGAGAAGAAGAGGAGGAGAGAGCAGAAAGAAUUGAAAAAUAAAUUGGCGCGGGAAGCUAAGGAAAAACAAGAAUUGGAAAAACGACAAAAGGCGGAGAGGGAAAAAGAAGAGAAGGCUAAACUAGCCUUGAUGUUGCAAGAAAAGCAACGCGAGGAAAUUGAGAGAAAGCGUCUCGUCCAAUUGCAACGAGCGCAUGAGAAAGAGGAACGUCGCAAGAUAGAGGAGCAGCAGAGAUUGCAACGGCUCCAGGAACAAGAGGAAACUGAACGUUUACUCGCCGAACAGAGACGUCGCGAGCAAGAAGCUGAAAAACGCAGGGAAGCGGAACUGAGAGCUCAACAACAAGCAGCCGCCGAAACGCUACGACAGAAAAAUCUGAUGCUUGCGGCUCAAGCGGCUAAGCAGAAACAACAAGCUACUAAAGCUGAAGAAAGUGUAAAAACUUAUAAAUUAGAUAGCGAACCUGACGAUGACGAUUCGGACGAUGAGAACAAGCCGAAGUAUGAAGUACCGCAUUGGGCACAGGCACAUGUUCGCAAGAAGCAACUUGUGAUGCAACAGGACAUCCCGCAAGACUUGGUCUUCAAGUUCUUCGACACUCGCAAAUGCACGCCGGAUUUGUCUGAAAUGUUCCACGGUAUAGACAGAAGUCGAUUGAAGCGCACAUCAAGUGCAAUCUGGAAAACACCUCCACGUAUCUCCAUGAUGGAAAGGAUAGAAUAGACUUAACGCGUUACAAUGUUUUGUUUACUUAUUUAUAUAGUCAUUUUUAUAUUUUAAUAAAAAAUCUUUUAGGCUCCGAAGUUUCUAAACUA